AUAUUGUCAGAUAUAAUGAUUAUAUGUUAGGCAUGCCGGUCUGAAUAUAUUGAGCAAUUAUUUCAUUCAACCAUUUUUAUGUCGGUAUAUUAAUGCUAUAACAUGUAGUUUAAGUCAAUAUUAACGUUGUUGGUGCAUAUGGAGUAGACUUCUGGAUUGUUAUCAUAUUGGUUAUGGAAAAAACUGGCAUUCUACAGGAGUGGAAUUGAUAGGAAAUGACUUAUGCUAUUUUAUGAAUACCGAGUGCUUCAAAAAAAAAGCAACAACUUAAAGAACCAAUACGUGUUUAACAAUACAAACGUGUUCAUGUGAAGUGGCCAAUGUCGUCCUCUUAUCGGAAUAACAAGGCUAUCGAGAUGGCUGAGGAAAAUGAUGAAAUGAUCAAGGACAAUAACUCUGCACUGGGUUAUGUUACAGGAGGUGUAGACUCUGAUGAUGGAGGGGGUCUUGUCUGUUGUGGCUACAUACUCUGGGCUCUGUCUAUGCUCGUUAUCAUCUGCACCCUUCCGUUUUCACUGUGUCUUUGUAUCAAGGUGGUCCAGGAGUAUGAGAGGGCCGUUAUAUUCCGCUUGGGUCGGUUAUUAUCAGGAGGGGCCAAGGGACCAGGGCUGUUUUUCAUUGUGCCAUGUAUCGACUCCUAUACCAAGGUUGACCUGAGGACUGUGUCAUUUGAUGUGCCACCACAGGAGGUAUUGACCAAAGACUCAGUAACAGUUGCUGUUGACGCUGUGGUUUAUUACCGGGUAAACAAUGCGACCACGUCCAUUACUAACGUGGAAGACGCUAACCGGUCCACGCGACUCCUGGCGGCUACGACGCUCCGGAACGUGCUGGGGACCAAGAAUUUGAGCGAGAUUCUCGCGGACCGGGAGGCAAUCUCUCACCAGAUGCAGACGUCUUUGGACGAGGCAACAGACCCGUGGGGUGUGAAAGUGGAGAGGGUCGAGGUUAAGGAUGUUCGUUUACCCGUACAGUUACAGAGGGCCAUGGCGGCGGAGGCGGAGGCCGCACGUGAGGCCCGGGCUAAGGUGAUAGCGGCGGAGGGCGAACAAAAAGCGUCACGUGCUCUUAAAGAAGCGGCAGACGUCAUUAUGGAAUCUCCCGCCGCCAUCCAGCUCCGGUACCUCCAGACGCUUAAUACAAUCUCGGCGGAGAAAAACUCCACCAUCAUAUUCCCCCUGCCCAUAGAACUGUUCUCCUCUUUCAUGAAAAAAGACAGAGGGUAACAGGAACACAGUUUUAGUAGCGGUGGUGGUUUAAAAAUAUGUUAGUGUGAUGAGAAUUCGAGAAAUAAGGUUGAGAUAUCCAUCUCUUUGUCCGCCCAUUUGCUUUCUAUUUGUGGAACCCAUGAGUUUUGAAUUACUCUACAAAAUGAAGUUAUUCUUAACAGCAGUAUGCCUUUACUACUGGAAUAGCCAGGGUCCCGAGGAUAACCAUUUUGGUGUAUUACUCAUUGUAUUUGUAAAACAACAUUGAUUCUAGCCUUUAACGAAUUUAGACAUUGGGUUUGAGUUGAGCUUUUCAACAUGAAGAUCCCGUUCAAGAGCCUUUUGUGUUGAAUAUCGUGGUAAAUGGAGGUUUGGUGGAAUAUAAAUAUAGCUUGUUUUUCCUUUGGAAAGUCUUAAAUAUGUAUGAGUAAUUACAUGUGUGUCUGCAUUAGUCAAGUUGUACAGUGAGCCUCUUAUGCGCAUAUAUCUAAUCAUAUCUAUAUGUGUACAUUAUCUUUUCUCCGUGAGUUGUCAUACGAGAGGUUUUAUCUUGUCUAACAUAUUCAGUUCAUGUUGCUCAUUUGAACUCUGGGUUGAUAAUACUCUUAUAGCAUACCUCUAGUUACUCAGCCCUCUAGGGCGGGCAGACGCUUACAGGGUGAGAUAUCACGCGGAAGCCAAAAUUUCAACUUGACGGAAUUUUGUAGGAAGAUGCAACACUAAAAUUUUGGCCAAGAAUUGCAUCAUUAAAAUACAAGCAAAUCUAAAAUAAUUUACGCGUGUAGAAGCAGAAAGUAGCAUAACCUUUUAAAGGUUAAGAAAUAUUUUCAUAUUUUUUCUGUCAAAAAAGUUAUUUAGAAAUUAACGUCACUUACUUGUUUGUUUACGUCGGUUGUGACCUGUGGUGACCCAUGAGAGAACCCUUUUGAAAUCGCGUGAUUCCUUACCCUGCUCAACAUAAAUGCUUUUUUUUGUUACUAAUCUAUAAAUAUUCUUUCUUUACUUAGCUUACCGUUUUUAACAGUACAAUUUUCUUUGUUAUCACAACUGGUAUUCGUUAUAAUUAAAUUAUAAUAACUGUUUACAUAAGUUUUAUUUUUUGCAGCACCAUUUUUCUUCGUUAGCAUUUAACUAUGACCGUUAUUGCUUUACACCGCUGUGGGUUUCCUUAACAUUAUAACUGUUCUUUCGGGACAUAACUGUUUUUCCUUAACAUUAUAAUAAUUCUUUCCUUACAUAAAUGGGGACUUCCAUAACAUUAUAACUGUUAUUUCUUUACAUAGCUGGGGUUUUCCUUAACAUUAUAAUAGUUCUUUCUUUACAUAAAUGGGGAUUUCCUUAACAUUUUAACUGGUUUUCCUUAAGAUUAUACCUAUUCUUUCUUAACAUAAGUGUUGUUUAUUAUCAUUAAACUAUAAAUGUUCUUUCUCUUAAUAAAUGUUUUUCAGUAACAUUUCCACUGUAAGUUCUUAGGAAAAGUAUUUGUCCUGAAUAUCUUACGUACGUUUUUUUACGUGACUGUUUUGCCUUAACAUAAUGUAAAACUGUUCUUCCAAUACCAUAUGUGUUUCACUUAUACAUAUUUACAUGUUAGUAUAAUACUGAAAUAUAACACAUGGUGCUUUGCUCAUUUUAUUAGUUCCAUAAAAAAAUAAAACUUUUGACUAUUUUACUCUUCUCUGAAGUAAGUGCCAUUCGCUAUACUGCUGUUUAUUGUUGCUCGCCUGUUUCAUUCGUAACAACUCGGUCAUCUCCGGCAAGCUUCGGGUUGGACCUCAUGAAUUGGCUUCAAAAUAUACGAACAUGUGAUGAGGUGAUUAACUCAAUUAUCAUUACAAUAAGUAGAACCAUUCGAGAACGUACGAGUCUUGCGGUUUCCAAAACUUUGGGCACAAUCGUUCAAUACGUGAAAACAAAAUUGGAAAAUGUAUAUUGUUGUCAUUCUAUUUGUUACAUAUACCACACGUAUGGAAGCGUAUAUCGUGUAUAAUAAAAAUAUGAUAAUGUUCUCUUGUCGAAUUGUUUUAUGUCGACUUAACGCGUUACUUUGUCAACAUUAUGUCGAAUUCUGUUACUUGCUAACUGGAUAUGUUGGGUCGAAUCAGGUUAGACAUGUUAUGUCGACUUAAUGAUAAAUGAUAAAUCGACAAAGUAUUAUAUCAAAAUAUCAAUCUUAAUAUCCACUUUAUAUGUGGAGAAGUCAGCAUAAAUUUGCCAGCAUGUUAUGAUGUAUGUAGCUCGUAAUGUCGACAUGAAACUUUUCGACACAAGACUACAUGAUGACGUCAUCAGUACACACAAUAUACGCCUCCAUAGACAUGCGCAUUGGUUUCUUCGCUUUAUAAAUAUAUAAAUCAAAACUUGUUUAUGUAUUUUACAACUCAUUUUAUAUGUCUGCUUUAAUAUCAACAGAAAACACACUGUAUAAAUGCUCUUUGAUUCAAUGCAAGUAAAUUCUCAAUUUAUUUUCCUUUUUGGGUCAGUAAUUUAAUACGUGAUUGAUGCCGGACGUUGCUGAUAAAAGACAUAAAAUGUAUCUUUACUCCGAUAACAGUAACAUUAUCGUAUAAAAUAACGAAAUUUUAAUGAAAUUGCAAUAGUUUAGCCUUAUAUUUACGGCUAAUAUUUAUUUGCAUUCAUUAUUUGAUACAUAUUCGUCGUAACUUAUAUUAUUGAUAUGUAUUCCUCAUUUCUGUGCUAGAAGUUGAGUAUCUUAUAAUAUAGGGUGCGGUUAUCUAGGUACAAAGGCGCAUUUCUAUUUACUAGUUAUUAAACAAGGGAUGUUUAGUUGUUGCGUCACUUUUUGUUGUAUAUUUGUAUAUAUCUGUUGUCAAUGUCUAGCGUAUCUAUAAGUAUCAUCUUUAUUCCAUAUAAUAAUAACAUUAUCAUAUAUAAUAAUGAAAUAAUAAUGAAAGAAUAAUGAACUAUAAAUGAAAUGAAAAUACAAUAAUGUAGUCAUUCAAGGAUGUGCAAUAGUUCAGCCUUAUAUUUACGGUUGCGAUAUAUUUUUAUUUGCUAUUUGAUAUACGUCGUAACUUAUAUAAUUGAUAUGUAUUCCCAAUUUCUGUGCUAGAAGUUGAGUAUUUUAUAAUACAGUGUGCGGUUAUCUGUGGUUACAAAACCGCAUUUCUAUUGAUAAGUUGUUAACAAGGGGUAUUUGGUUAUUACGACACUUUUUGUUGUCAAUGAUUUGUAACAAUAAACGUCUC